AUGUGGGGCAUGACCUUUCUGAUGCGGCAUUCGGAGGAGCAAAUGGAAUUGCGUGAAGCACUUCGUAGUGCUUUCCCAAAGGAUGCACAAAGCGGCAGCUGUCCUUCUGCCAAAGCCAUCACUUCUGUUUCGAUUCCAUACCUGGACGCCUUCAUCGAUGAGAUUCUGCGGCUCGAGCCUCCUGGCUACAUUAACAACCGGGCAGCGACAGAAGAUGUCACAGUCCUUGGUCACAAGGUACCCAAGGGAAUUGAUGUGUUCUUUCUGAACACCGGGCCAAGCAUUGACAGGCCAGCUCUCCCUGUCGACGACGCCCUUUGA